AAGCCUCAACUGAGCUCUAGGUUUCUUUAGCGUGCUCUCUCCUCGUCUCGUAUUUCUGUGGCCAAGCAGCAUCAGCUGCUCUCUGCUCUUCGAGGUUGAAGCUGCCGAUGCUUGUUUUCUCACUGGAUUGGAUCAGUGAGAAUGGCUAGUACGAAGAACCCAAUUGUGUACUUAGAUGUGUCAAUUAAUGGUGGUGAUCCAGGAAGACUGGCCUUUGAGCUUUUUGCUGAUGUCGUUCCCAAGACUGCCGAAAACUUCCGAGCACUAUGUACUGGUGAAAUGGGAAUUGGACGUACAACUGGGAAGCCCUUGCAUUACAAGGGAUCAGUUUUUCAUCGCAUAAUGAAAGGGUUCAUGGCUCAGGGUGGUGACUUUUCAAGGCGAGAUGGUACAGGUGGAGAGAGUAUAUAUGGUGGAAAAUUCCCGGAUGAAAAUUUCAAGCUACACCAUGAUGGUCCUGGUCUUUUGUCAAUGGCGAAUGCUGGUCCUGAUGGCAAUGGUUCUCAAUUCUUUAUUACCUUUAAAGCUGCUCCUCACCUUGACGGGAAGCAUGUUGUUUUUGGAAAGCUUAUCCUUGGACAGAACACUUUAAAGAGGAUCGAACGGGUUGAAGUUGAUAACACCAAACCUAUUGUUCCCGUCAAAAUUGUUGAUUGUGGUGAACUUCAUCAUACGAAACAUCAUAGUACCAUGGAACCUGUACAUGAAAAUGAUAAGAAAAAAUCCAGUAAAUCAAAAUCCGGAAAAGAUAUAUGUUCCGAUACAGAUGGUCAUGAAACACGACGAAGAGGACAUCAUAAGAAAUCUUCUAAAAGCCGAAGGAAAAAGAAGCGAAGAAGAUACUAUUCAUCUGAAUCAGAUAGCUCAUCAGAUACAGAAUCUGAAUCAUCAGACACUGAUAGUGAUUCUGAUUCAUAUUCAUCGUCAUCAUCGUCUGAUCUCAGUAGCUCUAGUGACGAUAGGCAUAGGCGGAGAAAGAAGUAUUCCAAGAGGGAUAAAUACAAGCGUGGAAAAAGAAAGAGGGAUAGGAGGCGGGAGAAAAGACGUAGAAGGCGUGAUAGAAAAUCGAGACGCAAAUCGAAGAGGACGGUGGAGAGUGAUACUGAUGAUUCAAGAGAGAGCAACUCUGAUGACGACGACGGCAAACGUCGCAAACGGAAGUCUAAGAAUCAAGCUUUGGAUGAAGUUCAACCUCCGCUGCCUUUGGAUAAGGGAGUUUCUGACAAUUUGCCUAGCAAUGAUGAUAAGGUGGACGAGCUUGUUGGAGGAGCUAAAUCUUCAAGAGAAAAUGGAGAGAUGCGGAGCAAUGGCAUCAACGAAGAAAAAUCUGAUAGAAAUGCAGAUUUGCCACUUCCCAUAGAUAUACCAAGAAAAUCUAGGAGCCAAAGCGUGAGUUCUAAUCGGUCCAUGAGCAAGAGUAUGAGUAUAAGUCCGAGAAGAAGCCAAGGCAAGAGCCCAAAUGUAAGUCCCCAAAGGCCCAUCAGCCGGAGUCCUGUUCGGCGAAGUCUUAGUAGAAGCCCAGUUCAUGUUUCUAGAGGCACCAGUCGGGGCAGAAGUCCAACCAGAAAGAGCGUCAGCAGAAGUUCAGGUAGUGGGAGCAUGAGUAGAAGCCCGGUCAGAAGCAUUAGCAAAAGUCCAGUCAUAACAAAGCGGAGAAGUGUAAGUACAAGCCCAGUAGGUCGUCCAAGAAGCAUAAGCAGAAAUUCGGCUAGAUCCCUGCCACGACGAAGUCCAGGUAUGAGCUCAGGAAGGGUACCUUCAAGGAGAAGCAUAAGCCGAAGCCCUGUGAGGAAUAAAAGGAGGAGCUUGAGCAGGAGUUCUGCUAGGUCUCUGCCGAGGAGAAGCAUUAGCAGGAGCCCUGUGAGGUCUUUCCGGAGAAGAUCACCAAGCAGAAGUCCUGUAAGGGAUGCUCGUAGAAGUCUUAGCAGAAGCCCAGUCAGGUCAUCACGAAGAAGCGCAAGUAGAAGCCCUGUGCGUAGACGUACACGAAGAAGCAUCAGCAGAAGUCCAGUGAGUCGGCGUGCACUAUCUCCACCCUCUAAUCGGGGCAGGAGUUUUUCAAGAAGUGCUUCUCCGGAUGGGUCACCCAAGCGCAUCCAAAGGGGCCGAGGCUUUAGUGAGAAGUAUUCUUAUGCAAGAAGAUAUCGGACACGCUCUCCAGACCGUUCUCCUAUAAGGUCACAUCGUUACGGUGGAAGAACUGAUCGUGAUAGAUAUUCAAGCUAUAGAAGAUAUCAUGAAAGAUCUCCUCCUAGGCGGUACAGGAGCCCUCCAAGAGGCAGGACUCCUCCUAGCAGGUACAGAAGCAGGAGAAGUCACACCCGAAGCAUUUCGCGCAGCCCAGUAGGUUACCGUGGCCGGCGUAGUCCACUUCGCCUUCGCUCAGAGAGACGUCGGUCUAUUUCCAUUAGCAGGAGCCCAUCUGGCUCCCGCUCGCGAUCUAGGUCAAAGUCAAGAUCAAAGUCUAGGUCUAAGUCAACUCCUAAUUCUCCCUCUCCGAAGCAUGUAAGUGAGGAGAAGUCGAGGUCGAGAUCACCAUCCAGCAGCUCUGAUGGAAAGAAGGGGUUGGUUUCUUAUGGUGACGCUUCCCCUGAUUCUGCUGGGGGGAAGUAAAAUGUUUUAUGAGAUACUGAGUUGUCUUUUAGGUUUUGUUGAGUUUGUUGAUCUGGAUUCUACCUUGUUUGUCUUAGUUUUAUUCUUCUUGGACCUUUAUGUACCCUAUAACGCGUCUCAAUGUUAUUUGAGCUUGCCGCUGGUACUGGGUAGCAAUUGGUUGCCGGAAACUUGAAUUUUGUUUUCCAGUUGGCUAUCGUACUUUAGCCCUGCUGUUAGGGAAACUUUCUUGUAUUUCAUGUUGGAGCUGAUUAUUACUUUUAUGUGGAAUUUCGGGCAUUAGUUUAUGUGUAAUUGUUUCUA